CGAGCGCGCACCCGCGCGGGAGGGGGGGUGGGGUGGGGGUGUAGCGGGCCUCCGUCGUCAUCCGUGGCGAGGGGGAUCCGGGCGGAGAGCCUGCCCUCCUCCUCCCGCGCCUCCAUCCUGCGCAAAGACGCAGCCAUGGCCGAGGUGCCCACCGUGGUGCGGAUCAAGAUCUCGCUCAAGAUCCAGCCCAACGACGGGCCCGUCUACUUCAAGGUGGACGGCCAGAGGUUCGGGCAGAACCGGACCAUCAAGCUGCUCACGGGGGCCAAGUACAAAGUCGAGGUGGCCAUUAAGCCCGGAGCCAUCCAGGCCACGACUAUGGGUAUAGGGGGCGUAACGUUCCCCCUGGAAGAGAAGUCGAGAGACCCCCAAGCUGUUACCUACACUGGAAUCUACGAUACAGAAGGCGUAACUCACACUAAAAGUGGCGAGAGGCAGCCCAUACAAAUCAACAUACAGGUCACUGACAUCGGUGCUUUUGAAACAGUCUGGCAAGUCAAAUUCUACAACUACCACAAGCGAGACCACUGUCAGUGGGGAAACAGCUUCGCCUGCAUUGAGUAUGAGUGCAAGCCGAACGAGACCCGCAGCCUCAUGUGGAUCAACAAAGAAACCUUCUUCUGAAGCAAAGUGAGGCAGAGGCGAAAGAACAAUCUCUUGGUUGAGUGAACCUAUCUUCAGACCAGUACAAAGCCUUAACAGAGGCGCUCUGUAUAGAUGCUUUUGUUUGACAAAUGAGACUUCAAAGCACACACUCACUUGGGGAUAAGCUUAUUUUGAAAUCGAUGGGACUUGUUUCCAAGUGAAUGUGUUCCAGAUCAUGGGCGUAACAUCCGCGUUACUGGGAUUUCGACAUUUAUCCUCUUCCCCAAUGUGACUGUUCCCACACCUUCGCUGUAAUGAACGCUGGAGGUGUGUCCAUCGAGGCCUGAAGUAGGGUUGCCAUAUUUUGAAAGCAAAUGAGGAGGACACAUUUGCCAACUUCUGCUUUUAAGUAUGGAUUGUGAUGACGAACUCUCAUUUUACAUACCCAUGAAAAAGAGGCCAUUGUCCUAGAAAAAGAGGACAUAUGGCAGCCCUAUCUGAAGGCUCCUAGCUAUGUUUAUCCCAUGCUGCAAUAUGUUGGUGACAGCUUCUUGUGCUUUUUGUUUAAAUCACUGCUCCUUCACCCUAGUUAGUAGGCGCUUCAAUGUGGCCUGCCUGCCACGUGCCAUAAACUUCAAUCCACCUACCUACCUACCUACCUACCUCUUCCUAGUAAUCUCUUUCUACCAUGGCACACACAAAGAAUGCAAAUUCCCAAUGAUGGUACAUCUGGUACUACAAUAGUCACACAACCCUAAUCAAGCUGGUUGUUCUAGGGGAGGGGGUAAGGAGAGUGUGAUUGUUGGAUCUUGUAAAACCUUUCCUAUCCUGUGAGAUGUUGUUUUCCUGUUUCCCAGUCUCUGAAACAACUCUUACAGUCAACAGCAGUGGUGGAGUUCUUGAGAAGUGUGUAAGAGAGUGGUGAAACGAUACAUCCAUGGUUUAAGUUUUUGUGUGUGUGUAUAAUGCUAAUACCUGAAUAUGCAGUAAUUCAGUAUAAUGGUCAUGUAUCAAGCCCAUUGGGUUUUCAGGUUACCAGUGAUAUUUUUGUCUGUGAAAUGUAACGAAACUGGGCUGCUAGUCACUUUGGAGCUGCAAAAGCUCUGUUGCACUGAAUGACAGCCUUUCGGGUUAAGCAUAAUCACAACAGAGCUCUUUCCAAAGUAAAAGGAAAGUUGCAUAAGCUUGCGCAGGGGACUGAACUCCGGUGCUAUGUCCUAUGUAAACCUGUUUACAAAGCUGUGACAAAUGAGAAGCACAUUCUUAUCUCUAAUAAAAUAGGUGGGAAGUUGCUUCGCUCAUGGAAUAAAGAUGGUUUUGUGUCUGUGUAACCGUGCAUACCAGCUGCGUUCAUGUGAAUAAUUGAAAUUGUUAUAACUUUUGACCUUUGUAAUAAAGGAGCUGGAAACCUG